AUGGGCAUUCUGAGAAGUGACAAAAUUCUCGAUUUCACUCAAGAUAGCAGCAGUACUCCAUCUCGAUUCUACAUUCCAAUCACUUCCCAACCACUGAAGGAUUUCAAUCUCGAACACUACCUUCUCAUGCAAAACCAAAAAUCCAACAAUGAAAAGUACGUUUUCAUUGUACGCAACCCUUGUUCGAAAGGAAGCAAAGUAAGUAACGAAGGGUCCUCAUCAACGUCGGAAGAAUCGGAAGACUAUGUCAACAUGAAACACUCCAAGGCACAUGUCUCCGUUGUGGAUGUGAGUAUUGAGGAAAUCUAUUUCCCAUAUUCCCUUCCUCCUCCUCCUCAAGUAUUGAACAACAGCAACCUGACGUUAGCGGCUGGUCCAACAGACUCAAGCAAGAAUUCCACUCCGAUCACCACCAUUCAAUUACCUCCGUUGGGAGUGGAGAAAAUUGUGGUGGAUCUUGGUGAUUCCUUUCCUUCGUCCUCCUUUCAAAGAAAACUGGAACUCUCUCUUCAAUCUCAGAACCUUUCUCCACAAGAGAUGAUUCCUCGUAAUGUUGCCGUCUUUUUCUCUUUGGGAAGAGAAAUCUCGAACGUGAAUGAAAGAAUUCCUCAAAUCCUCUCUGUGAAUUCAAACACUCCAACAACACUGACCAUUCUUCCAUGCAAUACAAUGACACCAACAUCACCGCCAACACCUCAGAUUCCACCAGCACCUUCUCCUCCUUCAGCAAAUCCAUCCAUGCUUUCAACCUUCUCCUCCUCAUCCUCCUCACAAGAAACCACCAACACUCCUUUAAAACGAGAUUUACCCAAAGCAACAGACAAGUUGUAUCUUUGGUUGCAAUGUGUGAAUGGAUUUACUAUGGGAUGCCCCUUAAGCUAUCGUUUCAUGUGGCGUAUGAAUGAUCCCUCGAAGGUCAUCCCUCCUCCUUCAUCUCCAUCUCCUUCCUCUUCUUCAUCGAUCUCCAAUUCCUCUCAAGUCAUCUCGAAACCAGUAUUACCACCACCCAAUGUUCCAUCACUUCCCUUAAAUUCCAUUCCGAUUGGAACAUCCACCAAUGCAUACACGAAAUCAGACUCCAAUUUGUCAGCUAUUAUUGGCAUUGUGGUUGGUCUUUUAUGUUUGCUAUUGAUGGGAGCGUGUGGUCUUGUUGCAUUCGUGAUGAUUCUGGUUCAUUGCUUAUUAAGGAAAAAAAGAAAAGAGAGGAUCCACCAGAGAGCUCAUACCCUCUCCAGUUCAUCGUCGACUUUAUUUUCUGAAUUAGUACCCACCAUGGUAUUACCUCCUCCCAUUGGAACGUAUUUCACCAUUUCGAAUGCAGAGUUGACCUCAACAACUACAACCAACUGCACAACCCAUGUAGUCACAAAUGCUUAUGAGCCUUCAGCACCUUCAGAUGACAUUAUGGAAAGAAAUGUCCCUUUGGAUGUGUUACCUUCUUCCAUGUCGUUCAUUGCGAAUCCAAAUGUUACACUUCAGUAUUCUCAAAUACCUUCGAAUGGCCACCUUGCAGAAGGAAGUACUUGUCAUAGUCAUGGACCUCAUCAAUAA